ACGAGCAAGGAGUGCUACAGCAAAGUGCACAAUCUACGAACUCAAUUUAAAGUGGAGCACGCCAAAGUAAAAUCAACGAAAAGCAGUGGCGCUGGGAUGAACGACAUAUACAAACCAUCUUUAUGGUAUUACGAGAAGUUAAUGUUUUUGGCGGAUCAUUGCUUGCCACGAAAGAGCACAGCCAUAGGCCUGACUCAACAUUCCAUGACUGAGUACAAUGAAAGUGAAGAGACAUGCAGUCUCUCUUCUCAAAGUGUGGAUAUACAACCAUCACCACAUCAAAACAUCGAAGGCUGUUAUAGUCUUGAUGUGGAUGUGCUGAACGAUGUAUGCAUUGGGGAACAAUGUGAAGAAGCAGCAGCAACGUCACCACCACCACCACCACCACCACCACCUACCCAUGCCACUCAAAGCAAGGAUGGAAGAAGAAAGAGGCCUGGUGACGGGUACAUGAGUGCUAUUGAGGUAAUAGCUAAUAAAAUAUGUGCCACCCAAGACCGCCAACAACCCUCGGCAGAGCUCACUAUGGAUAGCUGCAUGAUAUUCAUUGGUAACCUUGCAAAGGAAAUCAAGAGCAGUGAAAUCAAAAUGCAGUUAAUAAGAGAUCUUGUUAAUGUAACAACAGAAGCAAAACUGAAAGAUCUACAGAUACAAAUGCAGAACUCGAGUGAAAGUGAAAUUGUGUAA